GAUUGUACGAAGGAAGUUUAUCAUUAUUAUCUUCAUCAUCAUUCAAUGUCCGUUUCCCAUGGUGGCAUGGGUUGGAUGUUUGACUGGAACUCGUAAGCCAGAGAACUGCCCCUGGCCUCAGUCUGUUUUUGCUUUUACAUUUCACUGCCAUGAGUGCCUUCUACAUGUCACCAGCACUGGCUCCGACAACAAUUUCACUUAGCUUGACGUGAAACUUACUUGAAAAGAAUUGUGGGGAGGUCUACACAAGAACAUGCUCCCUUGCUAAAUCAACUAAAGUGCACAGAACCAGGAUAAAUACUGCUAUGUAUUUUGUUCUACACUCUAACAAUUCCGACAAUCCCUGCCUAUGUCAAGCGGAUGUAAGAUCAAAGGCAUUCUAGUUUUAGCAUUCCACCACAUGAUCUACACUAUAGAAUGUGUGGGAUUUUAAAACAGCUUGGUAUGAUUUAAGGGAAAUUUAGUUGCUAUUUCUGCAGGUCGUGUGACUACAAAUCGGUUUCCAUGUCGAUUUAGAUCCCAACAGAGUAAACUUUACCUUUCGAUAUUUCUAGAUUGAUAAAGUACCAAACAUAAAGAAGUAAAAUCGAAAACGAUCAUUGAUAUGGUGAUACUGGUGUGUCUUUUAGGACGGCACCAAUUACCUAAAAUAAGCUAGUGAUUCUGCUCCCCAAGAAAAUUUCAGUUUGAAAUGAUAAUCAAAUGAAUGUUUAAAAACUUUAACGGUGAAUUGUCACUUCCAAGGCGACGCUCGUCAACAAGAGAGCCGCUACGUUUUUUUCGGCCUGCCGGGAACAGUGGCCAAAUCUUCCUCAUAUCACCUCCUACUGUCUUUUAAAAGAGGCAAGUUGGAUGACCUAGUUCUGGAUAUACAAAAUACUGGACAGUUACAGCUGGCGUAACCGGAAUAGGUCUGAUAUGGCGCUAAACAACAUCAUUCACCGUUAGAGAUCAAAAACAAACACACGCAAACUGAUAUUGCAACCGGCUGCCACACUCUAUUUCACAAGGGAGAGCACUCUAUAUCUAUACUUCACCAUGGACGGAGAGAAGAAGAAAGUCUUGUUCGUUUGCUUAGGUAAUAUUUGCCGUUCUCCAAUGGCACAUGCCAUUUUCGAGCAUCUACUGAAAGAAAAGAAUCAACAUAACAUGUGGGAAGUUGAUAGUGCAGCCAUUGGGGAUUGGCACAUUGGAAAACAGCCUGAUGAAAGAGCCUUGAAAGUUUUGAAAGAAAACGCCAUAAAUUUUAGACAUACUGUAAGACAAAUUACUAAAAGUGAUUUCAAAACGUAUGACUAUAUCUUUGGAAUGGAUGAACAAAAUAUGCAAGAUCUGUCCAUGGUUUGUGGCAGCAACAAACAGAAAGCAAAAGUAGAACUUUUAGGAAAAUGGGAUCCACAGAAAGUCGUCAUUAUUCCAGAUCCAUAUUUUGAUACACAAGCUGAGUUUUACCCUGUAUAUGACCAGUGUUAUCGUUGCUGUAAAGCAUUUUUAGAAUCUUUUAAUUAACUCUAACGAAACUGUCUGAACUCUUCAAGGACUUUGCUAGCAGUCAUACAAGCUUUAAAUUUCUUACAAAUCUGGACAAACAAGUUUUAGAUUUCUUAUAAUUAUGGACAAAAUAUCUUUAAAUAUCUUCCGAG